AGGAGUGAUAGCUUCCUUUUAACCCGCACCAACUCUUGAACUUGGAGAUUAGCGACAAAGACUUGCCGAGAAAGUGAUUAUCACUUUUUUCUGACUGUCAUCGCAAUCCCCGUUAGUCUCCUUCAGAAACAAGAGGUUUCACUUUGGAAGUCCCUAAUUUCUCCCAAGCAUGUCAAAACUAGAUUCUCUUCUCGCUAUGGUAGAUGAAAUAUCUUGCCGCUCAGAUAAGCUAGUUGGCACGGUGGACGAGUCACACAAACUCAUUCUGCUGAUCGUGGACUUGAACACAUCGAUCACAAAGUAUGACACGGAGAUCGAUGCCAUGUCACAGCUAGCCACCCGAAACAAUGCAUUUUUGGCCGAGUUUCAAAAGCUAUACGAAAGAGCGUUCUACCUUGAGCUGAAUUUUGGUUUAAACGAAUGCUACACCAACAAUACAUCUUUCGGCAAUUUAUACAGCGAGUAUGAUUUCCUCUGGAACGAAUUCAAUGCCACCAACCAAAACACCAGCCCAAAAUGCACAAAAAGCGAGUUUCAAAACGCGGAUAUGGUCUCUCCGGCCCCGGAAAUGCAUCAGUCCCCCGAGAAGAAAGUGAAAAACAUUAUUUCAAUCUCUGAUCUUAACCUAAAGCCUUUGCGAUGCAAGGACUCGAAAGUUCAGAGGCAGAAGUCGCGGUAUAGACUUUCAGAGGCUUAUACCUUGAAUCCUCUUCUGGCUUUGCCCAUCCGUGAAAUUCUGGAAAGCUCCACAAACACGAAAUACUCAAAUGUCAUGAGCGUGCUGGCUCUGGACCACGAGCGUGGCGAUGACUUAUCGUUUAUUUCUCAGACAUCAGUUUCUGGCCUGCCAGUGUCUACUUCCACAUCUGAGGAAAAGGAUUUGACUCGCACCCCUCCUUUCUUGGACACUGAACCCAAAGAGCCAAAAUCUUCCAAAGCCAAUUCACUGCCGAUGUUAUUCAAAUCGCUAGACUUACUGGACUUAGACGAAGACGAUAUGGAAGACUCUGGGUUGCUGAAUUACGAUUGCCAUUCACUAGAGUCAAAGUUUGAGGACUUUGAAAACUUUCACCAUUUCUUGCGCCGCAGUCGUAUAAACCUCAAAGAGUGUUUUCCGGCACGGCUAGAAAGAUCUAAGUCUGAUGAUUCAAUCCUCACCGUGAAAAGAGGGUCUGAUUAUUCGUCUUUAUCACAAAGCGCAAGCCAGCAAAAGUUUCAUAAUCCAACAGAUAUGGUAAGUGCCCUGAAGAAAUCAUUAUCCAACCAACCUACUUUGGAAGCCAUCUAUUGCAGAAAAAAUGAUGCUGCGUCAAAGUUUAAAGAGCACUCUUCCAAGUUGCUUGCGAGUCAAAAAGAAUUGGACAUUUGUCUGGUAGCUGGACUGCCCAACCCCAGAAAGACGCAAAAAAACUUUGAUCUUUUUAAGCUCAUGAAUUCCCCGCUUGGAUCACCCAGAGGGCUUGAUCGACCGCGAAUCGCUGAUAAAGAUCAAGAACGAAAUACCCUGGCCAACAGCACCAUUUCCAACCGUCAAAUUCCUCAAAGAAGGAAAAGCAUGGACUUGUUUGGCAGUUCGUUUGCUUCGAGUUUCAUCAAUUUCGUCAGUGCUCCAUCUUCUUUACCGAUCCAUGGAGUGACUGCUACAGGAAAAUACAGUGAUGGUUUGAUUGUUCGAUCUCCACCGGAACAAAUUAAGAAGAUGAAAAAAAAUGCAAAAGAGCCGAUUGCGCUGAUAAAUGAUAUCAAGUCCAAGAGACUUCCGCCUAGCGAGCAACAACUUCGGAGUGGAAGUGGCUCAUUCUUGACAAUCGGUCCUAAUAGAACUAAGAUAAUCAAUCACGGGAACUCUUCACCUUUCAAAAAACCCACUCUACGUCGAUUGAGCCAAACUCUCCUCACGGAUGCUCUCAACGAGUCCCUUUUGUUUUGAAAGCUUUCAAUAAAAAACUUUUGUGAGUUUUGGAUCUUACAAUAUCAAGCUGUAAUUGAGAUAUG